UGAGGGGGUGGUCUUGCAGUUAGUCAGUCAGUGGAUGUGAGAGGAGCAGAUUAGUUGCGCUUUUAUUGCGGAGCAGCUGCAACGGAAGAAAUAGGCACCAGAGAGACACCACUAACUGACCGUUUUCUCUUUCUUACCGGGUGAUGGAAAGAAAACCGGUGGAUGGAAUAUUAAACAUGGAUCGAGGGAGACUGCUGAAACUACUGGCUGAUUCUCUAACUUGUUGAUGCACCGUUAUUUACCAGUCCUUUGCUUUGAGGAUUUUCCCUGCUUGUUGGCGUAAAGUGAAGCGGGUGGAACAGAAGUAGUCUAUUUGUUCUCUUAUGGAGACAGAUUGUGUUUCAUUGAUUUAACUAUGCAUUGUGAAGAAUAAGUUAUGAUGCCCAUUCACCUAUCCAUUUCCAAGCCAUAGCACUGUGAUUGCCGACGCGGCAGGGUCGUUCAAAACACACCGGGUCGUUCCAACCGGUCAGCAUGGCUGCAGGAGUGGCGGCAUGGCUCCCCUUCGCCCGCGCGGCGGCUAUAGGAUGGAUGCCGGUGGCCACCGGUCCUAUGCCCAUUCCUCCCCGGGAAAAGAAGAAAUCCCAAGACCAGGGACUUAUCAUCCUCAACGUCAGCGGUCAGAAGUUCCAGACGUGGAGUAACACUUUGGAACGCUACCCGGACACUUUACUGGGGAGCACCGAGAAGGAUUUCUUUUUCCACGAGGAAACAAAAGAGUACUUUUUUGACCGUGACCCUGACAUUUUUAGACACAUUCUGAAUUUCUAUCGCACGGGAAAACUGCACUACCCACGCCAAGAGUGUAUUGCAGCUUAUGAUGAAGAGUUGUCGUUUUUUGGGAUCAUACCUGAGAUUAUUGGAGACUGUUGCUAUGAGGAGUACAAGGACCGGCGGCGCGAGAACCAGGAGAGGCUGCAAGAUGACGAGGAUGACGAGAAAGAAGAUAUAGCUCCGCUAAACAUGACCUUCCGGGAGUACAUGUGGCGGGCUUUUGAGAACCCCCACACGAGCACAACGGCCCUGGUCCUCUACUAUGUCACCGGGUUUUUCAUAGCCAUCUCAGUCAUGGCCAACGUGGUGGAGACGGUGCCCUGUGGAACCCUCCCCAACCGCGCCAAGGAGAUCUCGUGCGGGGACCGUUAUGCAGUGGCCUUCUUCUGCUUGGACACGGCCUGCGUCAUGAUCUUCACCAUCGAGUACCUCUUACGGUUAAUCGCGGCCCCCAGCCGGUACAAUUUUAUGAAGAGUGUGAUGAGCAUAAUCGACGUGGUCGCCAUCAUGCCUUACUACAUCGGCUUGGUCAUGACGGACAACGACCAAGUGAGCGGGGCUUUCGUCACCCUCAGGGUCUUCCGGGUUUUCAGGAUUUUCAAAUUCUCCCGCCACUCUGCGGGGCUGCGAAUUCUGGGCUACACACUGAAGAGCUGCGCCUCGGAGCUGGGAUUCCUCCUCUUCUCCCUCACCAUGGCCAUCAUUAUCUUCGCCACUGUGAUGUUCUACGCAGAGAAGGGGUCCGCUUCCACCAAGUUCACCAGCAUUCCCGCUGCUUUCUGGUACACCAUUGUCACCAUGACAACGCUGGGAUACGGUGACAUGGUACCCAAGACCAUCGUGGGGAAGGUGUUUGGUUCCAUCUGUUCUCUGAGCGGGGUGCUGGUCAUCGCCCUGCCUGUGCCCGUCAUCGUGUCCAACUUCAGCCGCAUCUACCACCAGAGCCAGCGGGCAGAGAAACGCCGAGCUCAAAAGGCGUCCAAGGAAGCAGGGCAGCUCCUGGUGGGAAAACCCAACAUUCCCUUUGAGAGCCAUCACCACCACCUGCUGCACUGCCUGGAGAAGACCACAAAUCAUGAGUUUAUUGACGAGCAGACUUUCGAGACCAACUGUAUGGAGGUAACCAUGGUGAACAAGUCUGGCUCUGGAACCUCGUCCCUGUCGUCGUCUCCCUACGGCCUGUCCUCCUGCUGUUUGAGACGUCACAGGAAGAAGAGCUUCAGUCUGCCCAACUCUAACAACCAGGAGCUAUCCACCAUCCAGAUCAGAGAGAGGCCUGUGACCAACAGUCGCUCCAGCCUGAACGCUAAACUAGACUCUGCCCUCUGUCUCUCUCUGUCCUCUCCCCUACAGUCGCUCCAGCCUGAACGCUAAACUAGACUCUGCCCUCUGUCUCUCUCUGUCCUCUCCCCUACAGUCGCUCCAGCCUGAACGCUAAACUAGACUCUGCCCUCUGUCUCUCUCUGUCCUCUCCCCUACAGUCGCUCCAGCCUGAACGCUAAACUAGACUCUGCCCUCUGUCUCUCUCUGUCCUCUCCCCUACAGUCGCUCCAGCCUGAACGCUAAACUAGACUCUGCCCUCUGUCUCUCUCUGUCCUCUCCCCUACAGUCGCUCCAGCCUGAACGCUAAACUAGACUCUGCCCUCUGUCUCUCUCUGUCCUCUCCCCUACAGUCGCUCCAGCCUGAACGCUAAACUAGACUCUGAGAUGAUGCCGUUGAAGGGUGAGCCCUACAUCACCACCUCCGUGGUCAACCUGCGUCCC